UUAGCCUGGCUACAACAAACCAAUCCUGAUUCGACUAGUUACGUCUAGCCAAAAUGGCGAUCUCCGUGUAGGGGUCGAGUGAAACUACUUGUCACGUUUUCUUCAAUUUGAGAGACAUAACAUUCUGUUUUUGGACCCGGUUCUUUUAGCCAUGAUCCCAAACGUUGGUUUGCGGGUCUUUCUGAAAUCCUCUUCGAACAUUUUACGAGGAAGUUCGUCUCUGUUACCCAGGACGAGUCCCGCUGCGUUAACGCCAGCUAGCAGAGGCUGCUGCUUUCCUUUAGCUUUCAAUGCUACAGGAAGUUUUGCUGCAUCACAACCAGUAAGACAAUAUGCUCGAGCUGCAAAAGCAAGUGGGACCGACUCCAGGAGCCAGCUCAGUGAUCUUACUCCAGACAUGCUGAAGCUGGACUAUACAGCUGUCCCUCUUGCUCAAACGUAAAUAUACACACUGUAUUCUCUAUUAUUGCAACUCGAUUAAAAUGUCUGUCUCCAGAGUGAGAAGCUACAGCUGAAGAAGGAACAGCUGAUUGCAAAAGUACAGAGGGAUGAGACUGAUCGCAGCUCAGUGGAAGUCCGGAUCGCUAUUUUAACUGCCAGAAUUCGAAACUAUCAGGAGCAUUUGCAAAAACACCACAAGGACAAAGCUAAUAAGAGGCUGAUGCUCAUGGCGAUUGACAAAAGGAAAAAGCUUCUGAAAAACCUACGACUGGUUCGAUAUGAGACCUUUGAGAGAGUUUGUGAGCAGCUUGGCAUCACCUACACUUUCCCUCCAGAGUACUACAGGAGGGCCACUCGCCGCUGGCUGGCUAAGAAAGAAUUCUGCAUUAAGGUCUUUAAGGCUGUUCAGAAACAGAAAGCAGAGCAGCAGCUGAAGAUGAAGCAGAAUUUAAGGACCACAGAAACGGAAGAACAUAAAGCCACAGCAGCUUAGAAGCCAUUUAAGACUUUUCUCAGACAUCCUUUGUCUUUUAACUUGCUUAUCUUUUUCACUUUCAGUUGUCUAAGUGAGGCAUAAAUGGGUUAAUUCUAUUGCGAUGUUACAGUCAUACCAUAUUUCCUCUCUGUCGAAAUAAUGUUCUAUUAAAAAAUGUCUGUAUGUAACAUGGAGUAACGAAAACACUCUUACUGAAACGAAGACCUCAGAUAUGAUUGAUAAUUGAAUGUAGGGAUUUUCCAAAUGAUGGAUAAAGAUCAUUGUAAAAAGUUAGUGCAGGAUCACGUUUUUUGGCAGUGUGAGGCAUCGUGCAGAAAAAGAUCAAAUGAAUGCUAAAGAUUGCUACCAGAAUUAAAGACAGACUGUAAAAUAA